CCGCGCCCCCCCACCCAAAAGGAAAAAAAAAAAGCCCUGUACUCAAAUUGCCAAUUCAGCUGCUACUUAGGUGCGAAAGUCCAAACCCUGUAUUCUGUAACAUGUUCGGUCAUAAUAAACUGAAGUAAAGAGGGAACGUAGAGGAGCAACGACUAGAAACAUGGGGAGCGGCGAACCUAGUGAAGGCAAGAAACAGAAGCGGCCAAAGGACAAGAACUGCGGAGCUAGAAAGACCACCUCCUUCAAAAACCCUAAUCGAAUACCUCUUGGUCCUAACAGAGCCAAGUCGAAGAAGACGGAGGUGAAAACCGAUAAUGAGAAGAGCAACAAAAAACAAACUAAAGCUCAUCAACUUCUUUCAAACCACGCUACUGCUUCUCAGCAGCUUAACUUCUUCCUGGAUCGUUUCCAAUCUUCCAAUGGCUUAAAGCUUUCUUCCCUCGAGCUAGAAGCAAUCAAAGAUACAUGCAUUCUGGAGCUAUCUCAGGGCCUGGAGCGAGAUGCUGAAACAUUGAGCAAGCAUGUGAAGGCUGCUUUUGGAGCAUCAUGGAAAGAAGUGCUCUGUGAAGGGAAGAUUUUAGAGGGCAGUGAUCCAGGAAGUCCAGCAGUUAUUGUUAUCAGCACAUCUGCUAUAAGAUCAUUGGAGCUUCUCAGGGGUUUAAGGCCGUUGACUAAAGAGUGCUGUGGUGCAAAGCUAUUCUCAAAGCAUAUGAAGGUGGAUGAUCAGGUUUCCUUGUUAAAGAGCCGUGUCAAUAUUGCUAGUGGUACACCAAGCAGGAUUAAGAAGUUGAUCGACAUGGAUGCAUUAGGGCUUUCACGUUUGGCACUGAUUGUGCUUGACAUGCAAACAGAUGCCAAGGGAUAUUCCUUGUUUACUCUUCCACAAGUCAGUGCUGAGUUCUGGGACCUCUAUAAAAAUUUUCACCAGCAAGUGGUCCAGGGUGAUUUACGUAUCUCUCUCUAUGGCCCUAUACCAGUAGGCACCGAGGUGACAAAUGGAGUUCCUGAUGAAUGAGUCCCAGUUCACCAAGACUUCAAGAGACCUCCGUGGGCCACUCCCUUGUUGCUGUGUUAAAAGGUCAACUUUGCACUACCAGAAAAUUUUGCAAUGCGUUAGGAAGCUCUAGGAGCACAUAGGAAUUAGAAACCAGAGGAAUCAUCGAAGGAUUGUCUCACACAAGGUGAUUAGAGAUCAGAGUCAUCACCAAUUGGAUCAACUGCAAAGGAUUGGUGAAGAUGUUGCAGCAGGGAGAGGAUGAAUGGCCUUGGGAAAUGUUUCCUUUUUUUGAUGGAUGUUAGGGAUUUGUUAAAUUAGUUAGUUGUAGUAAGUUGGAAAAGAAAAACAGAAAUCUGGUUGAAGUAGCCAUCAGCUAGCCAAAAAUGCUAGGAAGAACAUUAUUUCAUGCUCUGUGUAUGAUACUUUACCUCUAUCUUUACUUUAAUGCAUUUAUUUUCAUUUUCUUACCAGAAAA